AUGAUAGCGCAGUAUCUCAUCAUACCAUGCCUGCUCGCAGGCGCAGUGUCCGCCUGCGGGCCAACUAUACGGAAACGUGCCACGGCAGCAGUGGCAUGGACAUACGUUGAGUCCUACGACUGGGGCGGGCUAGACGCCAGCUACGAGCUCUGCCAAACCGGGACAAUGCAAGCCCCCAUCCAGUUGCGUACAGACCAAGGCUCCUCCAACGCGCAGGCCAUCACCUUCAACUAUCCCGCCGAAGGCGUAGCAGGCCACUACUACAAUUGGGGCUACGGCGCAGCCUUCCAGCUGUCCUAUGACGCGGGGUGUACCGAAGGUGUCGCCUGCACCAACAUCACGGGGCUGCCGAGCUUCACCUUUGCUGAAACAGAUACCCUAAACGAAACUGUGUACCUCAUCUCGUGGCACGUUCACGCCCCCGCCGACCACACCGUGCAGGGCCACCGGCCCAAAGCCGAACUGCACUUCGUCCACGUUGAUGCUAAUGGCCGCGAGCGCGCUGUGUUGUCGAUGAUGGUUGAUCCGGAACUGAAGUCGUAUUCGGAUUUCUUCGGGCAGAUGCCGUUUCCGUCGUCGAGAGCUGCUGGCACCAACAGGACGGCGGGAAAUUUCCCGAAUUUCAAUCAAACGGAUGCGGAGAUCCAUACACGAAAUAUGUACCCAAUACCUGCGCUUGAGGAGGCACGACAAUUCAAUGAGUUCUGGACGUAUCGGGGAUCGCUUACUUCGCCACCUUGUACAGAGGGUGUUCGGUUCUUUGUUGCGAAGAAUGUGUUGUCUGUCAGUAAUGCACAGAUGCAGGAUAUUUUGAGAAUUAGUCGGUUUAGUUCGCGGAAAGAGCAAGAUAUCUGGAUGCAUUAUGUCAAUUUGUAA